UUGCAGGAUGACUUGGAAGAAGAGCAUGCGGGAAGUGGGAGCGAUUCGGAGUCUGAAGUCGACAACGAAGGUGACGUUGCCGACAAGCAGUCUUCAGCAGUAACCAUGAAAGAUCUGAUGAAGACAGUUGACCAAGACAGGCAUAAUAAAAAAGCGGAGUCGGUAUCUGCACAAACUCAGACUUGGGAGCAGCUUUUAUAUGUGAAAAUAAAGCUACAAGCAGCACUGCGAGCUUUCAAUCAAUUACCUCGUGGACAACUUGCAAAAGAUUUGUUGAAGGAAGCAGAUGAAGAAACGAAGGCAAAUAUGAAAAAUUGCUCACGAAAAUGCCGCAAAACUGGUUUCUAA